AUGUUCAUCUACAUCAAGCACGGGGAUGACCAGAGCUUUCUGGCCAACACCAACUGCGCCGUCCUGUGGCUGCUCUCCUACGUGAGGAGGAUGGUGGGGGUCCCCGACACCGAUGUCAUCAACCUGUGUGACAAGCUGGCCACCCCCAAGCUGCUGUUCCAGGUGACCAGGCUGAGCGAGAGGGCCAGUGAGCUCCUCCAGGUGUGCAGCACCUACUAUGUGUGCAGGGUGGAGUUCGGAGCACCUGGGACUGAGGAGGAGGACGCGUGCUGGUCCUUCAUGCCCCUCCUGGAGCAUCCCAGCCCAACGCUGGCAGUGGCCCUGCGGCUGCAGGGCGAGCACCUGCACAGGAGGCAGACCGGCACCCCAGACAUGCCAGAGGAGAGGAGGACACCUGACGCAGAGACACUGCCCUCCACGGCGCAAUCCCAAGGAAUGAUAAGGGGCUGCUGGUGGCCCCCAGGGCGGCCGCCCCCAACACCACGCCUCUCCGCCCAGGGGAAGGCGCCAGGGCAAGGCCCAGGCAGAGAGAGCGGGGACGGAGGGGACCUGACGCAAGGCGGCUUCACCCUCCAGAGCGUGGGCGGGGCCGGGCCAGCAGGCCUUGUCACCCUCAUGCGCCACUGCCCCAACCCCAUGCCUGCUGUCCCCACGCCCCAUUACCCCUGUUGCACAGGGUGCUCUAUGUGA